GGUGGUGGUUUCCUGUUCCGGGUCAGGGGGAUACACGUGUGUGGAGUGGGGUUAGCCGGUCGGUGAAGGGGGAAGGAUGCGGUGUCACUACGAGGAGCUCGGGGUGAGGAGGGACUGUACGGACGAUGACCUGAAGAAGGCCUACCGGAAGCUGGCGCUGAAAUGGCACCCGGAUAAGAACUUGGACAAUUCAGAGGAGGCUUCGGAGCAGUUUAAAUUGAUCCAGGCAGCGUAUGACGUCCUCAGCGACCCCCAGGAGAGAGCAUGGUAUGACAACCACAGAGACGCUCUGUUAAAAGGAGGUGUUGAUGGAGAAUAUCAAGACGAUAGUCUAGACCUCGUUCAGUACUUCACUGUGACCUGCUACUCCGGAUAUGGCGAUGAUGAGAAGAGCUUCUAUGCUGUAUACCGGAGAAUCUUUGCGCUGAUUGUGAAGGAGGAGAUGGAAAGUAAGAUCAGUCAGGAUGAAGAAGAGGAAUACCCACCAUUUGGAGACUCCCAGAGUGACUAUGACACGGUAGUGCACCCCUUUUAUGCUUACUGGCAGAGCUUCUGCACUGUAAAGAACUUUGCUUGGAAAGAGGAGUUUGACACCCGGCAGGCCUCUAAUCGCUGGGAGAAACGGGCCAUGGAAAAGGAAAACAAGAAAACCCGGGACAAGGCCCGGAAAGAGAGGAACGAGCUGGUACGUGAGCUGGUGGCCUUUGUCAGAAAAAGGGACAAGAGAGUCCAGGCCCAUCGGAAGCUGGUGGAAGAGCAGAAUGCGGAGAAAGCCAAAAAGGUGGAGGAACUGCGAAGACAGCAGAAGAUACAAAAUGCCAAGAUGGCAGAGCAGUACAAGGAGCAGAGCUGGAUGGCCAUGUCCGACAUGGAGAAGGAGCUUCAGCAGAUGGAAGCUCAGUAUGAACAGCAGUUUGGAGAUGGGAUGGAGGAUUAUGAAGAGGAAGUAGAUGAACAGCAGAAUGGCAAAGCCAGCGAUGAAGGAGAUGAAGAGGAAUAUUAUGAUGACCUCUACUGCCCCGCUUGUGACAAGAACCUUAAGACCGAUAAAGCAAUGAAGAAUCACGAGAAGUCCAAAAAACAUCGGGAGAUGGUGGCUCUCCUGCGGCAGCAGCUGCAGGCUGAAGAGAUGGAGUACAGUGCUGCUGACGGGGAAGACAACAAUGUCCUGGAUGGAGAAGGGGCGACGCUGUCUGAAGACCAGGAACCCGAGGAGACCCCAAAACCAAAAGCAAACAAAAAGCAAAAAAAGAAAAAACAGAAAGGCUGUCAGAUCCCAGAGAACGAGAUGCCAGAGGACAACAUGCCGAUAGAAAAUGAUGGGGAGAGCGAUACAAAAAAUGAAACGAUACAACCUAAAGAGGAUGAAACUAUCCUGGACACCGUUCCGAACAACGUAGAGCCCGAAGACAACCUCAUCCAAGAUACAGAAACCGUCAUGGCUCCUGAGAUGAAUGAAGAAAAACCAGCACAAAAACUCAAGGGAAAGAAAGCAAAAGAUAUGAAGAAAGCUGCCAAAAUGGCAGUCGUACAGGAGACCGAAGAACAGACUUUUGUCCCACUUCGAUGCAACACCUGCACUUCUGUGUUUCCAACGCGGAAUAAACUCUUUAGUCACCUUAAGUCUACAGGACACUCGCUGGCCACUGGUAACCCACCAGCAAAUGCAGCAACUCCCAAGCCUAAAAAAGACAAACGGAAAAAUAAAUGACCUCCUUAUGAUGGUACUGAACUGGACUUGCUAAUCACUACAGGCCGUCCAGGCUGUGUAAUAGGAGAAAACCGCCUCCAGGUUCUCCUAGUGUCUACAGUCUGGGUUUCUGCUGGAGAUGCACAAGCUGUUGUCCCCUAUUUAUUUAAGGACUGAUGACCAUCCACUGAGGGAAAUGCCUGCUAAGCCAUUAGAAGCAGUCAUUUUGGGCUACAGCUGUCCGUGACCUUUCAGCUAAACUGUCCGCUUCUGCUUAAACAAAACAACGCUGUAAUAAUUUUUCAUACUGAUCCGUCUACAUGUGCACUUGUCUUCUGGUCACAUGGGAAGAUUUUUUAAGGUCGUGUGUUACAACCAUACUUCCUUUGCAAUGUUUGUUUCACUUUUAAAGGUUAAAUGCACCUUUAUCACAGCAAUCUGUACUUCACACCCCCCUAUCUUGCAAAUUUUGAAAUGGAACCGCAUAAGUGAGAUUUACAAGAAGCAUCCGCAAUCUGUAGGUUAACCAUGAAUCCCAUUGCUGAGAGAAUGUUUUAUAUACUUAAUUUGAUAGGUAGGAAUGCUAGGGUCUCUACUUAUUAUUGGCGUCAACUCAGCAUGGUUCCUGAUCAUAGAUCAGAGUCCAGCCUGAAAUGGCCACUUCAAACUUCUUUGGCCUGCAGAGGCCACUUGAGCUUGAAGAAGGCUUACAGUCCUCUGUUUAAUAUGGUAAUUAUCAGAUACAAUUACAAUAUAAAAAAAAAACUUUUACCUUCUAACAGGUUAUCAAAACAGUAUAACAAGCCUUAUGUCUGUAAAAGAAAUGAAAAUGUAUUUAUGUAGACAAACUAUUCAUAGCCUUGCUGAGACUGCUAAAUGUGGUCUGGGCUUCUAGACUUUAGUGAUCUUUGUUCAUGAAAGGUUAAAGCGGAGUUCCACUUAAAAGUGCAAGCUCCACUUAUCUAACUCCACCACCCCCGCUUCAGUGCCACAUUUUUUUUUUUGACAGGUACCUAUUUCCAUUUCCGGGUUAUCUCGCCGUGGUUCGGCACAAAGCGCAACAUGCUUGGCGCAGUAGGGAACUGGCUGUGAUAAGCCGCAAGGCUUCACUGCUUGUUUCCCUUACAAGCAAUGGCGGCAGCACCUGAGAGCAGAUGGAAAAAUCAGCAGGGGUGAAGACAACGUGGGAUCCCUGGACAGGUAAGUAUCCGAAUAUUAAAAGUCAUCAGCUACAGUAUUUUUUUUCUGAAGGGGGCUGGACCACCUCUUUAAGGCCUGCUUGUCUUGGCCUGGCCUGGCUGGCACAGUGUUCUUCUUUUUUGCUCAGCAUUUGUGCUGGGAAAUAAUUUUUCCACCCGUAGUCAGGCAUGUAUCAGAUUUGGAGAACGUUACAGACUAAAAAUGUCUGUGCCGUCUCAGGGCACUCUAGACUGUGUAGACUUCUGCAAAUUCCUCAUGUUUGGUUCCAAUUAGAAUUUUGCUGUAUAAUAUGGCAGAGGGUGUGGGGUGAGUCUGAGGAGUUGUGAUAAAGGUGCUUCUGCCCUUUAAAUUCCACAAUACAACUUUAGAACUAUCCAAGAUACAGAAAGAAACGCAUUCAUGGCAAUGGUCUCGGUAUUUGUUUACAACAGGAAGAAAUCGAAUACCAGGGAACAAAAUGAGAUUGUAUUUUAUUUUCAAAAUGGGAUUAUUAUGGGAAUCUGUCCAGGAUGGUAAACUAUGACAUCAUUGAACAUUUGUUGUGUAUUUAGCUUUUGUACUCCCAAAGCUCAACUUCAGGAAGAGUAAAUUCCUCACUUGCAGUGGGGUGUACCCAUCCCAAUACUGGUUCCCCAGUGUAGUGCAUUUGGCAA